AUGGCUUCACCAACGCUUGCAUGCUUCACUCUUCUUAUAUCAGUUAUUUCCACUACUACUAUUACAACUUCCUUCACCGUCGACCUCAUCCACCGCGACUCCCCACUCUCUCCCUCCUAUGACUCCUCAACCACCCACUUCCGCCGUCUCCGCGAGUCCUUCCUCCGCUCCAUCGCACGUGCCUCUCGCUUCACACACGCCGCCGCCACCCCCACAAUCGAGUCAACAGUGAUCUCGAGCUCCGGAGAGUAUCUCAUGAACCUCUCCGUCGGAACCCCACCGGUGCAACUCCUCGGGAUCGCCGACACCGGCAGUGACCUCAUAUGGACACAAUGCAAGCCAUGCAAGCAGUGCUUCAACCAAAACCCUCCCCUCUUCGACCCGGCUCACUCCUCCACCUACAAAACCCUACCAUGCCAGUCCAGCUCAUGCUCCGACCUCGACCAAGCCACCUGCGCGGCCACCACCUCCGGCCAAGACACGUGUCAGUACAGCUACCGUUACGGAGACCGCUCCUACACACAUGGCAGUCUCUCUGUCGAAACCUUCAUCGUCGGUAAGGUCUCGCUUCCCAAGAUUGUCUUCGGUUGCGGCCAUGAUAACGGCGGCACUUUCGACGAGUCCGGCUCCGGUCUGAUCGGACUAGGUGGCGGACCACUUUCUUUCAUUUCUCAGUUAUCAAAAUCGACCAACGGAGGGAAGUUCUCCUAUUGCUUGGUUCCUACGGCAGCCAAAUCCGACGUAGCGAGCAAGAUCAGCUUCGGUUCAGCUAGCAUUGUCUCCGGUGCCGGCACCGUUUCAACUUCUUUGGUCUCCAAACAACCCAACACCUUCUAUUACCUCACUCUCGAGGCCAUUAGCGUAGGAGAAAAGAAGGUACUCUACAAGAGCCAAUCAAACAAGGCCGUCGCCGGAAGUGAGGGUAACAUUAUUAUCGACUCCGGGACUACAUUGACGCUUCUUCCUCCCGGUUUCCACGACGACGUCGUUGCGGCUCUGGAGGCAGCUAUUAAUGCAGAGCGGGUGAGUGAUCCAAGAGGCGUUCUGAGUCUUUGCUUCAAGAGCAAGAAAGAUGACAUCGGUGUUCCGGUUAUAACGGCGCAUUUCAGCGGCGGCGCUGACGUCAAGUUGAAUGCUUUGAACACGUUUGCGAGGGUGGAGGAUGACAUGGUUUGCUUUACCAUGAUUCCGGCGGAUGACGUUGCGAUAUUUGGGAACCUGGCUCAGAUCAACUUCCUGGUGGGAUAUGACCUAGAUGAAGGGACUGUUUCCUUCAAGCCAACUGAUUGCACCAAGCAUCGUUAA